GUAUGAAAGAAGAACCACUCCCUCGAGUAGAAUUACCUACACGAAAGAUGUUGAGGACGAGAACGAGACUGAGCGACAGCAGGUUUUAAAUACUUAUUUUUGCGGUUUUUAUUGUUUGCUUCGCUUCGAGUCAGCAACAGCAUCUUCACGAUAGAAAUCAUCCCCAUUUCAAAAUCCUAGUACCAUCCAGGACGAGAGACCCGCUGUGUUAUCCCAAUUAUAGUACCCUACGAUAAAAUAACG